UCCUGCAAACCGGUCUGGUUCGAUGCACCGGCAAAACGGAGUAUAUGAUGAUCCUACCUUUUAGUAGUUGUCUUUGACUCGUGGCUGCAUGAAAUCAGUUACAUUAUUGUCGUUUUCAAAUUUUUUGGGAUAAAACUAUAAGUGACAAAAGUAAUUAAGACUACACGGAUAUUCUUCGUCAUUUAAGUACAUUUAAUUGUCUCAAAUUUUAGAAUGUUUAUCCUUCAAUCAAUAGGUUUUUGGUUUCUGCUGACCUCACUAUGUAUCAAAUUCGUAACACCAUCAGUCCCCACUGGACAAUACUUCGUCCUCAAAAAUCCUCACUCAGGAUAUGUCCUAGACGCUAGUCAGGAAUGGGUGACCCUUCAACAGUUCACAGGGUUCACCACACAACACUGGAGACUCGAAGCUGCCACAGGUGGCCAGUUUUACAUAGUUAAUAAAUUCCAAGGAAAAGUUCUGGAUCUUGAUUACAGAUAUCCGAUUAAAAAUAGUUGGGUUGUGGUGAGCAACAAAAUUGAUGAUUGCAAAAACGAAUGUUCUCCAAUAAAUAUGAAAACGAAGGCGUCCAUGAAUAUAGGGGCUUGUCAGAAGUGGUACGUGCAUUACGGGGGCUUUAUCGUUAAUUCCUGUGGAAAAUAUGCUGUAGAAAUCAGAAAAGACAAUUACACGGCAGGUGUGUAUUUGGAAACUUGGGAUUUAAGUGAAAAGGACAACCAGAAGUUCACUUUCUUAUAUGUAUGAAGUUUUCGUUUAUUUAAAUUUCUGCUCACAGAAAUGCUCUACUUAUUUUGCUUUUAUCUACUACUUAAUUCUCAAAAAAAAAAAAAAAACGAAAAAGGUAUCAAUAAGCGUAAUCUAGUAUUUACUCAAAGACAGGUUAACUGGAUUAAUUUGUGUUGUGGGAUGUAAUUUUCUUAGAAUAUUUGUCUGUUGUGUGCAAUAUAAAUAAACAUAAAA